GUAAAAAAGACAAGAAGCAAACAAAACGGCGCGGAUAUACUUCGCGAUUUACAAGUGAUGAGUUGAUUGCAAGUGUAGUUGAUUUAAUGUGUUCCUAGAAUUUAUUCGUACACGGCAUAGCAAAUAAGAGGUGUUGUUUAAACAUAAAUGGCUUCAAGCAGCGUGCCAGCUAACUUCAGAGGUGUUGAGCAAUCGCUCAACAUCAUGAGACAAGUAAAAUCGUAUUUUAGUGUAGGCAUGGAGAAUGUUUUAGAAGUUGCGACUGACAUGGCAGACUAUUCAAAAGCAGCAGAAGACAGUCAGGUACAAAGAGUCCGCGAGAUCAUGCUCAGUUAUGUCAAGAUGGAGAGAGACUUGGAAAACUUCAUGACAGCGGUGUCCAGGGUUAUGGAAGAGGGUGGAAGGGGUGCAUCAGAUCUUGAGGCCUUGUUGGAUGAAAAACUUGAGCAGCUCAGUCAAAAAAAUGACGACCGAGUUCUUAGUCAGCAUGAGAAGGUGCUAGAAUUUGAACAGAAGAUUUUGGAUAGCCAGAACCCAGGUAAUGUACCCACUGCAGUAGGAUCCAGUGCUUCUAUGCAAGAGGAUGACAUAGAAAUGACACAAGCAAUGGUGAACACAAAGUGCCCAUACACAGGUCAAGAGAUGGUGGAUCCUGUGCGCAAUAAAAUAUGCAAACACACUUAUGACAAAGUGGGUAUUCUGGAAUAUAUUAAACGUCGAGGAAGAAAGGCCAGGUGCCCAGUAAGUGGCUGCAGUAACUCUCAGGCUAUUACUUCAGCAGACCUUGAGGAGAACAGAGAGAUGCGUCGACACAUCCAAAAUCUUAAGCGAUAAGUGGCCAUCAGAGAUGUGUCGCAUCCUGGUUGUUAGCUUCACUGUGAAAGAUGAGAGCUGUGAGAGUUCAUAUGCAGGAGUUUGGUGGGUGGGUGUGGGGAGAGGAGUGCGUGUGUGAUAGAAAUUGUGUGUUGGUCUUAGCUUUCAUUACUUUGAUAUUCUUAUGUAAUGACUGCAUAUUGCAUUAGAGCGUUAAAGAACAUCUAUUAAAAAUGAAACACACUGUAAGCUGUUGUUUUAUGUAUGAUGCAUAUCAUGCAUGUUUGUCAAACAUAGGAGCCUUAUUUUGUUAUAAAACAAUAAAAACCAAACAAAA